ACCCGGAAGCUUCACGCGCUGCACGCGCAGAGUCCUUCCUGUUUUAGGAAAUUCAAGGAAGCUGCAGCUGGACAGACAGAGAGACAGAGAGACAGGCAGAGAGACAGACAGAGAGAGAGACAGACAUGUACACAUGAUGGAUGCAUCUCUGUGAUCUCCUGGACUGGAGGACCCAUGCUCUCUCAUCUUUGUGCCGCCACACCAGCCUUGUACAUAUUGUGGAUCGCUAUGGCCCAGAUAGCUGGCCAGGAGGACAGAGAGAAAACCACUGCACUCAAAGAUUUGCUGUCAAGAAUAGACUUAGAUGAACUGAUGAAGAAAGAUGAACCUCCUUUUACAUUCCCCAAAACGCUGGAGGAGUUUGAAUAUGCCUUCAAUGAGUAUGGUCAGCUCAGACAUAUAAAAACAGGAGAGCCCUUUGUGUUCAAUGCCAGAGAGGACCUCCACCGCUGGAACCAGAAACGCUACGAAGCUCUUGGAGAGAUCAUCACUCAGUAUGUUUAUGAGCUGUUGGAGAAAAAGUGCAACAUGACUAAAGCAAUCCUGCCAGUGGAUGCUACAGAAGACGAACCCACCACUUUUAUCUACCUGAGCCCAGAUGCCUUGUCUAACCCAUCCAAGCUACUGGUGCUGAUCCAGGGCAGCGGCGUGGUGCGGGCCGGUCAGUGGGCCCGUAGACUCAUCAUCAACCAGGACCUGGACUCAGGGACGCAGAUCCCCUUCAUCACCAAAGCCAUAGAGGAUGGCUACGGUGUGAUGGUUCUCAAUCCCAACGAGAACUACCUGGAGGUGGAGAAACCAGCCAAGUCCUCUCCCCUGCCCUCUCCUACUGAACCCUCGGAUGAACCCGCUGAAAAGAGGGAACGGAAGGACGAUAAAGAGGGCAAAAAGAAGAGAGAAUUUUACGAGAAGUAUCGCAACCCACAGAAGGAGACGGAGACCGAACGGAUCCCUAUACGGGAAAACGGUUCCUCAGAGGAACACGUGCUGUACGUGUGGGACCACUUUGUGUCCAAAGCCGCAGCCAAGAAUGUCUUCAUCAUGGCCCACAGCUACGGAGGGCUGUCUUUCGUUGAGCUGAUGAAUCAGAGGGAAAUGCAGGUGAAGAACAGAGUGUGCGCUGUGGCUCUGACUGAUUCCGCUCACAACAUCUGGCUACAGGAGACCAGCAAAGGCACACAGGACUGGAUGCAGCAGCACUGUUGUAACUGGGUAUCGAGUCCAGAGCCCGUGGACACACCACUGGAUCCUAUGCUGCCAGACUGCCCCAGAGUCUCUGCAGGCACGGAGAGGCACGAGCUGACCUCCUGGAUGAGCUUUAACUCCAUCUUCAGGUUCUUCAGCGAGGUCCUGGAGGUGAAAGAGGACGAGGAGGCGGAGGAGACCUCCAACACCGUCACCACGCGCAGCAGCUCCCUCAAAAUCAAACACCAAGAUUUAUAGAAGACCAACAAUAAUGACUUGGAACGAGAGGGAGUGUGUUGACAAGGGAUCAGAGGGGGCCCAAUGCAGAAAGGGAAGCAAAGGUUCCAGAUCCGUCUCUGCUUAAUUUGUUUUAUUCUCUUCCUCUGUAACCUCCCUCCAUCUUUCUCUCCUCACUCCUCUCUCCCCUGAAUGUCAUUUCUCCCUUCCAGCUUCCCCUGGCUCUGCACACACACAGCCCUGUUGUUGAAAGAGACAAGAGUACAGGGUCACCGUGUAUACAUCACAAUAACGUUUUGCAUUACUUCUAGAUGAGUGCAACUGUCAAAGCAAUAUGGGCUUGAGUGUUAGCGCUUCCCGUGGGCUGUGGCCUGGCUGCGGGUACGGGCCACGGCAGCAGAGAUUAAGGCUGACAGGCACUGUGCACAAUGCGCUGUGGUGCACCUCUAAUUGUCCUGACAUCAGCCUGAACUGAGCUAAUGCCCCGCCUGCCCUCCAGUCUGCACUGCUCAGUCUCUCCCUCGUCUCCCCCCCAACCACCACCACCGCACCCCACACCUCGGUCCUAAAGCCUGAGCUACUUACCCCGAAAUCAGCUCAUGCUGUAUGGUAUCUACUGUUAUGGUUAGAUAUUAUUUCUACCUGAUUAUCGCUCAUCUUCUUCGAUUUUUUUUAAGCCUUUUACCCACCACAAAUAUUUUAAUAAGAGUCAGAACACUCCAAAAAAAAAACCUGGUGACCAUUUGUUUAGUUUUAACAAAGGGUGUUGUUUUUAUGACUUCUUCGUUCUCUAACUCCUCCGCACAUGCAGUCAGCUUUUGACUUUUCUCAUUCAGCUUUGCGUAAAAUGUGAUUCUAGCCCAUGCCAUAUAUUUCUAGGAUUGCAGUGCUUAUAAUCCUUUUCUUUUCUUUUUUUUUUUUUAAUUUCUCAACUCUGAGCUAAAUUUGAAUGCAUCGUCUCAUACACACAUUCACACUAUUUGAUUUUUAAUAUUAAGCCAAUACUCCUCAGAGCUGUAAGUGUUUACUUUAGAAUAUCUCUAGGUGGAGAGUCCAUCUCUCUGUGUUUAUUAUAAAUACACAUCUUUUUUUCUUUUUUUUUCAAUUUGAUAUCCUUGAAAAUUGAUGCCUCCGGAUGAUUGGAUGUGAUGAAACAAAUAAAACAAACACAACCUGUGCUGAAUAUGGAAAAUUCAGGACACUGAGCAUAUUUGAAAUUACUUAAAGUCAAGCAUCAGAAUGGGUUUGAGGGAUAUCUCAUUUUAACGGGAGCCAGAAGUCAGCUCACAACACUCAUAAAGCCUCAAUAUAUCGCCUUACACAUGUCAGGAAAUCCAAGAUUUCAAUAUUAUUCUAAGCCUGAAUGAUAUUUCCUUAGAUGUUGGAGAAAUGUAACAUAUCUAUUCUUCCUCUUUUCUUUUUUUUUCCUCCCACCGAAGUACUCUUCUUCUUGUGUACUCAGAAGUGACAAAGUCAGCUCCCUGCUCAGCUGCACAUAAUCUGACUAUGUGACACAAACAUGAUAAAAAAAAUUUCCACAAGGCUGGUGUGUUUUAUAAACCACUCAAGGCUUAAUGGAAUACAUUUCUAAUGUGUCAUGACAUUAGGAAAAACUCAAACCGGAUACUAAAUCUUCUGAUACCUUAGACACAUUCUCAAAUAUAUACUUUUUUUUUUACUUCAAAUAGUUACCAUUGUUUAACUUUUACACUGUUAAAUCCUGCCUGCUGAGUUUAUGGUUUAAGGCUUUUGUGGAUUAUCUUUCCGCUGUAAUGAGACAACUGUGGCUGAUGGUUGCAGGCCUAAUUUCCUUUUAAUUUGAUUCAGAUCUCUCCAGGUUUCAGCUUAUUAUUUGAUUUGAUGAGUUUCGUUUCAAGAUACCAUUGCUCAUCUUUCUGCUUUUCAGCUACAAUCAGCUCAUUUUUCAUUCCAUAAUUUGUAUAUUGUUGCCUUAGGAAUAAACAAGACUCUGUUCACUGUUUUAAUAAUAUCCAAGCAAGCCAUAUGUGAAUGGAACUAAAGAUGUAAGAGCAGCCUAAAUCCAAAGCACAGUCUGCGAAUAAAAGGGGACUAAUUUUGCCAAUUGCUCUUGAAGACAUUAUUUUUUGCAGAUGUUUUAUAUGUUGUGUUGGUUUAGGGAACACGCCUAUUUAGUUUUAUUGCAGUAUAAGCCUUUGGAUUUCAUGAAACCGCAGUGUCCUGCCGGGUCACACAUUUUUCUUCUAUUCUCAAAUGUUUGUUUCAUUCUCUUUUGAUCCAUUUUAGGUUUUAAACGACUUGUGUUUGAAAAUCAUUUUAAAGUUUCUGCAACACGUUAAUUCCUGUACUUUUUACAUGAUUUAUUUCAUUUUUUGUAAUUAACCUAUUAAACCUGUCAAAAGCAAUUAAAAUGAA